UCAUACGGUAGGCUAAUGUUUAGGACGGUAGGUAGGUAGUUAUAGGGAAAUUAACACACUUUAGGUUAUUAAUUUGUCGUUUUUUGGUUGAUAGUUUUGCGUUACGUGCCAUUACAUUUCCUUUAAACCCACCGGGACCGCGGUGAAUGAGAUGAACGUCGGGGUUCCCCUCUCUGAGCCAGAGACUUUGUGUUUUACGGCCAGCGGUGAAACAGACAACCGCUCCUUCAUUAUGCAGCUUGUGAAAAAAGACGGAAAAGCCCUACAUGUUGAUUAUAUUUCGCCACCAGUGUAAGUCCGAAUGAGAGAAAACCUCCCGGCCACGGCUGACAAGGACUCACAUCCUGGAGCUGCCUCAUCUCAUCCGCCGGUAUUGCAUACAAUAUGAUAUGACAUUUUUUGGAAGUGGUCGUGCCUUUUGUUUUCAUUUCGGGAUAUGUGGUAUGCGGAUCUGUAAACGCAACUAAACGCAAAUGAGCGGACGUUUUUUCCCCCUGCUUUGAAAAUGAGGAAGCGUUUUCACAAAGGACCAGAGAAUGACCAGAAGGUCUCGUCGUCCGUGGGCCCGGAUUUGAGUAAAAUGAGAAGGAAAGGAGCAAAUGCAACAGCAGCAUGAUCCCCCCCACACACAGAAUGACACCGAAGGAGGUAAAACGGUGGAGGUAGAGAAGACGCAGCAUCAAUGAAGGCGAUCUGGACAAGUUUUAAGUCGCUCAUAAUGAACAGAAAUACUUUGCAGCUCGAUAGCAGAUCGUUUCCACAGUAGGCUACUGAAAGAUUUUUUUCGGCUUUUGGAGAUUUUCUAAUUCACAAGUCAUCUAUCGCAUCGCAUUCUUUUUCAUUGUCUUUGUUAUUAUUUUUUUUUUUUAUAUUUUUGAUCCGGAUCCAGCUCUGACUAUUCAAUGGAAGUAUGUUAUCAGCUGCCGGUUUUGCCUCUUGACAGGCCGGUUCCCAAGCAUGUCCUCAGCCGGAGAGGAGCCAUUAGUUUCAGCUCCAGCUCUUCUCUCUUCGGGGCUCCUGAUCCGAGACAGCUGUCACAGAGACGAGGGGCCAUCUCUUACGACAGCUCCGACCAGACAGCGCUGUACAUUCGCAUGCUAGGAGAUGUGAGAGUGAGAAGUCAGGUUGGAUUUGAACCGGAACGAAGAAGCUCCCACCCAUACCUGUGCAUCGACUUCCGAACUCUUCACACACGACUGAGCUGUGGGUCCACGUCAACGAACUCCGCUCCUGAGAGGAGGGUCCACAGGCUACUCAGCUUCCAGAGGUACCUGCGUUCGUCCCGUCUACUGCGGGGAGUCCCCCAGCAGAUCCCCCUCCACAUCCUGGAUGAAGACUACGCAGGACAAGCCAGAUGCAUGCUGGAAAAAGUCGGCAACUGGAAUUUUGACAUUUUCCUUUUCGAUAGGUUGACAAAUGGAAACAGCCUGAUCACUCUGACCUUGCACCUGCUGAACCAGUAUGGCCUAGUGGAACUCUUCCAGCUGGACAUGGUCAAACUCUGGAGGUUCCUGGUCAUGGUCCAGGAGGACUACCACAGCGACAACCCCUACCACAACGCUGUCCACGCUGCGGAUGUCACACAGGCCAUGUAUUGCUACAUGCGGGAACCCAAGCUUUCCAAGUCUCUGACCUCCUGUGACAUCCUACUGGGACUCCUAGCAGCCGCCACUCAUGACCUAGACCACCCUGGAGUCAACCAGCCUUUCCUCAUCAAGACUGACCACUAUCUAGCUACACUGUAUAGGAAUUCCUCUGUUCUGGAAAACCACCACUGGAAGUCAGCGGUGGGCCUGCUCAGAGAGACUGGGCUGUUCUCCCAUUUGCCUGCUGAGGACAGCCUGAAUAUGGAGAGGGAGUUGGGCUCCUUAAUCCUAGCCACGGACAUCAGCAGACAGAAUGACUACCUGUCUAGGUUUCGCAGUCACCUGGACCAAGAGAACCUGUGCUUGAGCAACGGUAGCCACCGUCACUUCAUUCUGCAGAUGGCUCUGAAGUGUGCAGACAUCUGUAACCCUUGCAGACCCUGGGAGCUGAGCAAACAGUGGAGUGAGAAAGUGACAGAGGAGUUCUUCCAGCAAGGAGACAUUGAGAAGAAGCACAAACUUGAAGUCAGCCCACUUUGUGACAGAGAGGCCAACACAGUUGGCAACAUUCAAAUAGGCUUCAUGACAUACGUUGCGGAGCCUCUGUUUGCAGAGUGGGCCCGUUUCUCCGACACACGUCUGUCCCAGACCAUGCUGGGCCACAUGGGGCUGAACAAGGCCAGCUGGGGCGGCCUACAGCAAGAACAAACCUCCGUCUCCGAAGAGGUGGAGCCCAGCACAGCCGGCACCGACACGGAAGACGCCGCCGCCCGAAGAGACGACAACACAGCCACAACCGCAGGAGGAACCAGCUCCAAAGAAAUACCUCAGGGAAGCAGAGAAUCCUGACACUCCUCGUGUGCCCUUUCACCUCAACCUCCUGACCCCAGACCCUGGCCUCAGGGCCUCACCAUACACUGGGGGCUGAGUGGGGCAUGCAAUGGCCUGCAGCCCUGCUGCUGCCCUACCUGAUCCUAACACCUUGUUUAUGUUUUGUUGCUUUUGCCUCCCAUCUUGAUAAACCACUGAUUUUAUUUAAUUUAUUUAAUUUUUAAUUCCUCUUUUUUUGGCAUAGAGCAAUACAUAGAUACCUCAUUUGGCUACUGCUGUAUUUUCUUUUAGUUGCUUUGUUUUAUUUAUUUGUCCACUGUAGUUUUGGCAUUACUGACUGAACACAUCACUUCUUUUGUUGGUGAACAUUAAUGGGAAAGCAGUUUAAGAACUGAAGAAGACAUUUUUCCUGGUAUUUUGAAGUGCCAUUUGAAAACAAAGGUUUGAAGAAUGAACUGAAAUGACUGAGACAACUGGAGUAUUCGGACCUGAAACUCUCCUAAGACUUUAAAGUAAAGCCGUGUUGCAUUUGUAUUGAAGAUUCUUCCUCAUGUAAAGACAAAAAAAAUGUGACAAGCCCAGUCCUUUUGCUGCCUCUACAAAGACUGUUUACACAUCUCCUUGUUUAUUGUUGUUCUUUCCCUCGAACUGAAGUGAAUCAUGUCGGCUCCACGGUUUGCCUUCGAAGCACAGAUGUGUAGAACCACUCGUUUGAACUGUCAUCCCACUGUUGAAGCCAUGAGCAGAACCUUAUUCAAACACACCAGAUGCCAUAAGUAACUCCACCUGUGCUACGACGUGUCUUUGCACUCCCAAAUAACGAUGGUGUUGGACGUGCAGUUUCGUCUCCAUGACAUCUCCAAGAGACCUAGUGAAGGUAUUGUAGAAAUUAGUCCUUUUUUGAUGAUGUUUCCGACUCUUCCAGUGCUGGUUGAACUCGGGGUGGCUUCCCUCCCACACUGGAGAUCAGUUACUCACUGCACAUGCAUCUCACCUGGAACUCCACUAAACGCAACUUGACUCGCUCAGGGUUUUGCCAGUCUCUUAUAAAGAGGGAGAGGGAGAGGAGGCGACUGCGGGUGAUGCAAGGCUGUUUGUUUUUAUUUCUCCCUCUGGCUAGGAUCUACUGAAGGAGACUCUCCCUCUCCGUAGAAUGUCUCACAGCCACAUGCAACCUAAAGGACUGCUCGAUUGAUGCCUUAUAACUAUGCACAAACUAUGCUAAGUGACCAAACCAGCUCCUGUUCCCAUCAAGUGCAUGGUGUGCUUGUCUUUGAAUGCACUGUCCAGUCCCUUUUGCCUUUUUUUUGUUGUAAGGAACAACUGCAGCUGUCCUCCUUUUGUUUGUUUUGUACGGAAACAAAAUGGUCGAGUGACUUUGAACAUUCCAUUUCUUUUGUGUUUGGUUUGUCUACUUUUGAUUCUGUAUAGUGGCACAAGUUGUGUUUAAAACAUUUUGAAAGAUAACAGGUGCUUUUCUUACUUUAGCUGAUAUGUAUUUUGCUGUUAAGUGCUGUAAGACUGUUGAUAAAACUGUUUACAAUCUGUUGCGACAGCCAUUUUUGGGAAGACUUAAGUGUCGAGCCAGAUUUUUUGUAAAGGCUUUGCUGUAUUGACCUUUUUGAUACAUGCCUGUUGCAGUUACAAUUUGAAUAAUAAAAACUGUUGACAAAUG